CCCUCUCACGUGCAGAGCACGUGCGUAAUAUCAAACGGACUCCCUUCAGAGGCAAGUGUCAGUGUGCAUACAAGUGAUAAAGCUAUUCCAGGUUUUUAUUAGUUUUGGUUCGAAAACGCUUUUGAGUGUGCUAUGAUGUAUUUCGAUCGCAAUUAAAUUUAGUGUCAAACAGAUUUUUCUCGUGCGAUUCAACAUGCGGUCGUGUGUCUUAUCACUGGUGGUGCUGUGCGCGCUCAAUCCGUUACAACCCUCUACUGAAGCCGGUGAAUCUUAUAUGAAAAUGUUUAAUAUGCAGAAAGGAUCGGUGGACCCUUGUUACGAUGAUGACCGCCCUCGACGCUGUAUCCCUGAUUUCGUAAAUGCUGCAUUCAAUCAACCCGUCCAAGCUUCGAGCACCUGUGGCCAACAUGCUCCCGUGCGAUAUUGCGAUACCGGCGACAACGGACAGUGCCAUGUGUGUGAUGCUGCUUCACCUCGCAGACGCUUUCCGGCAUUGCAUUUGACUGAUCUGAAUAAUCCAAACAAUAUUACCUGCUGGCGUUCUGAACCUUUAUCUCCGCCCUUGUCUGUACAUUCACCUCCGGACAAUGUCACUUUGACAUUGUCUUUAGGUAAAAAGUACGAGUUGACCUACGUCAGUCUCCAAUUUUGUCCUAAAACUGCUAAACCCGAUUCUAUUGCGAUUUAUAAAAGUGCAGACUACGGAAAAACAUGGCAACCCUUUCAAUUUUAUUCGAGUCAGUGCAGGCGCGUGUACGGACGUCCAAACAGAGCUUUGAUCACGCGUCUGAAUGAACAAGAAGCCCGUUGCACAGAUUCGCAUCGACACACCGGGGGCGACGGUCCAGGUCCGGCAGGCCGCAUUGCAUUCAGCACCCUGGAAGGCAGACCCAGCGCCGCCGAUUUCGAUACAUCACCGGUACUGCAAGACUGGGUGACGGCAACUGAUAUUCGAGUGGUGUUUCAUCGCUUGCACAUGCCACAGGACGGAGAUGACGCUGCCGAAGAUGUCCUUGUCGAAGAACCGAUUAAAGGACCACCGUCGGUGCAAGUGAUGGCUUCCCAGAAAUAUCGCGAAUUGCGCGGUAAUACAGCGGAAGAAGAACCUGUUUCCAUUGACGCCGGGGCGAAUAUCAUCAAUAGUUACACUACAUCCACUUCGACGACUACUAUGUCGUAUCAUUAUGCGGUCUCCGAUUUUGCAGUAGGGGGUAGAUGCAAAUGUAACGGACACGCGAGCAAAUGUUUGAUGAGCAAAGAUGGCCAAUUGAGUUGUGAUUGUAAACAUAAUACUGCGGGUAGAGACUGCGAAAGAUGUAGCUUAUUCCACUUCGACAGGCCGUGGGGUCGUGCUACUUCUAGGGAUGCGAACGAGUGUAAAGCCUGCCAAUGUAAUCAGCACGCCCGACGUUGUCGAUUCAACAUGGAACUGUACAAAUUAUCCGGCCGUGUUUCCGGCGGCGUGUGCCUCAAGUGCCGCCACUUCACGGCGGGACGGCACUGCCACUAUUGCAAGGAGGGAUACUACCGCGACCCCAGCAAACCCAUCAGCCACAGGAAAGCUUGUAAACCAUGCGAUUGUCAUCCAAUUGGCGCUUCGGGGAAGACGUGCAACCAGACGUCGGGCCAGUGUCCUUGCAAGGACGGCGUGACCGGCAUAACCUGCAACCGCUGCGCGAAAGGAUACCAGCAGAGUCGCUCGCACAUCGCACCUUGCAUCAGUGAGUACGCCGCUAGGCCACCGCCAAUGCAAGGAUCCAGGGGAACAACACCGUUCGUCUACCGUCCACGUACCACGACCGCGCCGUCGCGAUCAGAGGAGAUCCCACGGGUGAUCCACACGCAGUCGAUGGCGGCAGACCCGGAGCCGGGGCCGAACAGCGGUCCGGGUGCUGCCAGGGACGAAUGCGGAAAGUGUCGAGCAGGGACAAGAAAGUUAAACAUAAACAAGUAUUGCAAAAGAGAUUACGCCAUCAUGGGGAAAGUGUUGGGAAGAGAGAGUAUAGCAGUGGCUGGCAAAGGAGCCCCGUCCGAUUGGGUGCGAUUCACGCUGAACGUGCAGGCCGUGUACAAACGCGGCAGAGAGUCGCGCCUGCGAAGAGGCACCAUAGCUCUUUACGUCAGCAGCGCAGAUCUCGCAUGCAAAUGUCCGAAGAUUAAAACUAAUAGGCCCUACUUGAUUUUGGGACGAGAAUCAGAAGGCACAAUGCCUGGUCUUACAGUAGGACAAAAAUCCAUUGUGAUCGAAUGGAAAGAUGAAUGGCAGCGAAGAAUGCGCAGAUUCCAACGAAGAGGACGAAAAUGUCAUUAGUUUCCAUUACUUACUCCUCUUAGUCCAUAAUAUAUUUAAUUAACUCAACAAAUUUACAAUGAAGAGAACAAGUUUUAAAAAAUAUUUCUUA